AUGGCACACCCUGCUACGAUGAGGCUUUCUAUCAGCCUUUCCAACGAUGACGGCAAGCCAUUCACGCCUGGCUCUAUGAUUCUAGGAGUGGUCAAGUUCAUCACCUAUGAGCCCCGGAUAGUCGACUCCUUAUGUGUGGACUUUAGAGGUCACACGAGCGUCUUCUUGAACCAGAAUUACGGCGAUAUGAUGGUUUGCAGACAUGACUAUGAUUCUAAGAGCUACCUUUUCAGCCGGCAUCAAGAUCUGUACAAUGGCGGAUGCGUACAGCAUGAGGGGACAUAUGCAUGGCCCUUUGCCUUUCGAAUCCCUCUGUUUGCGGCUCCCCGGCUUCUACCUCGUGGUUCGAAAGAACUCUUCCAACAGAAACACCCAUGGAAAGGAGACACGGCACCCGAACCACAUCCUCUGCCACCAAGCAUGACACAGAGCGGAAGAUUUGUUUGCUCUGUUCGGUACGUGCUGGAAGCGACACUCGUGCAGCGCGCCCCAAACAUGAGCAAGGGCAAGAAAGUGCAAUCCUCUAAGACGGUAUCUGUGGAAAAUUUGGACAUCUGUCCAGAUAUCCUCCCAGCUUCCGGCUCCGAUUGGCCGUAUGUCGUCCACCGCCAUACCAUGCACUGUCCUAUUCGUGAUCCUUCACGGCGCAUGGUGCACCGGCUCUUUCCAAUUCCCUGUAUCAUCCCUCAAAGGCAAAGAUCCAAGAUCGAACUGCGCUUCUCUGUCCUUCUACCAAAGAGGUUGGAGAUCAAAGAUCAGUCAACAUCAGCACUUUCUGUCCCAAUUUCUGGCAGCGUAUAUAGCGACACCGCUUCCCCAUUGCCGCUGCAGAUGGAAAGAGAGCCAGAGCCAGAGCCAGAUCUUGUCAUUCGAUGCUUCAAGCUGUCCUUACUUCAGCACACCAAAGUUAGAGCAGGGUGCCACUCGGACUGCUCGGUCAGACGUAUCUUCACCCGUAAAGGGUCAUGUCGAGUACCUGUCCGCAGAAUGUGUCGAUCAAUGUCUGAAUCAAGUACGCCAGCAACUUUUGUCAACCUGUCCGACACUGUAGACCUGUCUGUACCCACUGUACUACUGGUCUCCGACUUCUCAACGUACAACAUCGCACGUUUCUACACCCUCGAGAUAUCUUUCUCCCUGCAGUUCGAAAGCAAGAGAUGCAGGUUCAGUCUGAGUGAUGUCCCUAUCCGGGUGGUAUCACAGUCCGGAGAAGAGUUGGAAAGGAGGCUGAUCGAGGGUCUGGAGACGGACGACGAGUAUGGCUGUGAACUGGCUGGUAUUCAGUGGCGCGACUACAGGCACAGGUCCAGUGAUGACUGGGGAGACCUCCAGGUAGUCCCCGAAACUGGCAUAGGAGGUUGGCUUGAAGAGGAUGGAUUGAUUCCAGAUAUACCACCGCCGCCAUACACCGACAAUCAAUAG